AUCCUCUUUGUACUCACUACAUUAUACUCAGAUUUGGAAGUAACAGCUGAAAAGGGUGCUAAAGUUUCUAGGUUUUCAGUCUGAAAAAAAAGACGAGCAUGACUCUUUACCUACAUACAUAUUGUAAUUCAUUAACAGGGUCAUUUUGGGUGCACCUAAGUUUGCUCGGUUCCACAUGUAUCUGGGUCAUUUUUUCGUGGAACAACAUUCCUGACAACCAGUCAGAAUUUAUGAUUUGGUUUAGGUGUAAUGUUGUUUUAAAAUGUGUUGUUUUAUUACUGGUUUAGGCUUGUACACCAUUUUUAUUGACCGAAAAUGUCCCUGUAGUUUAAAGCUUAGAUUAUUGUAAGAACACUGUUUAGAACUGUUUUUUUGUUUAUUUUUGUUGUUGUUGUUUGUUGUUAUUUUGUUGGUCCUGGAACAACAACAACAACGACAGGUUGAUAUAGGAACAUGCCUUACUCUGCAAAAUCAGGAUGUCUCAUCACUAGCAAAUUUUAUUUAUAUAUAUAUAUACUUCUACUUCUUCAAAUCCAUUAUAAUAAAAUAUAAAAAUUAGCAUUUAAAUUUAUUUGCAGUGCUACUUAUGCAUAAUGUACAUUUCUAACAUUAAGCCUAAAUGUGGUUUAAUGUCCCUAUUAAUGAGUAUUGUAUGAUGUUUGAAUAAUAUCAGUAUAAUUUUAAUGCAAUAAUUUCACUUUAGCACAGUCAUAUGUAUUGUUUCUUGAACAUUACACAAUUAAUGUGCAAAAAGUUCUAAAUUAUUUGUUUUCAAUUUAGCUUGACUUUAUACCAAGUACAAUUGCCAGGUAUUUUUAUUAUGUACAUAAAUAUACAAAUGUGUUUGUAGUAUACUUAAACUUUUGCUCUGCAGAUUGAUGUACUGAUUCACUCGAAAGAUGAUUUUCAGUCUUCUUCACGGCUUUCAAAGAUUUAUUAUUUGGUUUAAGAAACCACUGUUAUCAAAAACUGGAAACUGAACUAACUGGAAAAUAAGCAAUUUAGGAAAUCCAUAAAACAGCUGAACAUCUGCGCUGUGAAUUUAUGAUGUUAUUUGCAUCUUUAAGUGAAGUACUGCCAAUAAUAUAUUUCUGUUUACACUGAAAUUAUUGUAAUAACUAACCACCAAAGUCUGCCUGCAACUGGCAAACUAUGAUAUUUGUUGUUAAAGCAGUUUUGCUUUUUAAUAGAUUUGCUGGGUAAAUGUGUUUUAGAAUUUCAAAAAGUCCCUCCCACAUUAUUUGUCUAGCCACUUAAAUGCUGAAAAGCAAUCUUGAUCUCUAUCUGAUCAUAAAUUGCAAAAGCAACCAGUUGAUAUAUUUGUUCAUACUAGGACAGAGAGAAAUCCAGAAUCAAUGGUUCACCUCACCAGAUUUUUUUAAAGUAGGUUUUUUGUUGCAAAGAUGAUCUUAGGAGUAACUUUAUGUCUAUGGAUCAGUAUGGUCUGUUCUUCAGCUCUGGAGCAGGGUAGGAGCGGUUGGACUGGGAAGCUGUUAGUUGUGCCCAUGGAUGGAAGUCACUGGACAGGGGUGAAGGCUGUGGCAGAAGAGAUGGGACGGAGAGGACACACAGUGAUUGUGGUGAUUCCAGAAAUCAGCAUGCGCUUGGGUCCAGGCAAACAUUACACCACAAAGACCUUUCCAGUCGCAUACGGGAAAGAUUUAGUUGACCAAAUGAUGGUGGAACAUGUUCGUGAACUAACAGAGCCUGGGCAGUCCUUACUGAAGGGUUUGACUUCAAAGGUGGACCAUUUGAGAAAAGUUGUUAACUACAUGACCUCAACAUCUGAAAGUCUGUUCAAUAACAAGGAGCUUAUAGAAUUUCUGAGAAAACAGAAAUUUGAUGCUGUUUUAACUGAUCCUGCCCUGCCAAUGGGAGCCAUACUGGCUUAUAAUCUAUCAGUACCUGCGGUGUAUAUGUUAAGGGGAAUGCCUUGUGAUGCUGCGGCCACAGCCUGUCCUGACCCUCCUUCAUAUGUCCCACGUUUCUUGACGCGAAACUCAGACCGCAUGACUUUUGGUGAGCGUGUGGUGAACAUGCUUGUCAGCAUGCUGGAACCACUGAUAUGUAAGGUUAUGUACUGGCCUUUUAAGGAAAUGACGNUCCAACUUCCUUCAGAGAGAUGUGAGCCUCNGAUGCCCAACAUGCAGCUCAUUGGAGGAAUUAACUGUGAAAUUAGGAACCCACUGAAAAAGGUUAGCAUCAUCUUCAUACUCACUACAAGAUACCCAAGACACAGAGUAUCAAGUUUACUAAAUAUCCACAACAAAUCUAUGCAAAACUAACUGACGAGGUGAU